GAGCAGAACGUCCAACAAGAGACGAUGAAGGAGGCCGAUCAACGGCUGUCCCCAUUACCCGAAAACGGGCCGGUGGAUAUGGACAAAGUAAACUACUACUAUGGAAAUAUAUCCAGAGAAACAGCCGAAUGGAUUCUGUGCGAACGAGGAUGCAAGGAUGGCUUAUACCUUCUACGAAAAUCUAAAGAGGAUUUUGUACUUUCGCUAUGCUAUGAGAAGAGCGUGCUUCACUACCGAAUUUCCUGUUUACCCGAGGGUACUUUCGUACUGGCCGGCACAAUGGACCAAAGCUUUCCGGAUCCUCUGCAGCUGGUGGAAAGUGUGGAAGGCUUGGCAACAAAACCUUUGCACCCAUGUCAGCGCUGCGUAGAAGCCAUUCUUCCUCCGACAUACUGGGGCCUUUCGGAAGAACAAGUAAAGAAGUUCAUCCUUCUUCGGUCGAGACAAUGGGGACUCGAUGAAAACCGGUUAGAAAAUCUGACGCAGCAGGAUGCCGCUGAUCUACGUGUGCUGAUCAGCAAGACGCUUCACGAAAUUCAGCCUUGGUUUCACGGCCCUCUAAGUCGACUUGAAGCCGAAGCUCGAAUUGAAGAAAUUGGACAUAUGGACGGACGUUUUCUAAUUCGCGAACGUGAUGACUCAAGCUACGCGUUGUGUUUAAGUCACGCCUGUACGCUCAAACAUUAUAAAGUAGACGUUCUCUCUUCAGGGGAAUUUGCCAUUCAGGAUGGUUAUGCCUUUCCCAGCCUUAUGUCGUUGGUCAGUCAUUAUACGCUUUUCGCGGACGGUCUUUGGUGCCCUCUGAUAGAGGCUGUGGUACGGCCAGACUCGCUUGACGAGAACACUUUCCUCAAGAACAUCUCGAAGGCGACAAGGCAUUUUUUCAACAAGUCCCCUAAGGCUAAACUUUUUGGUACCAUCCCUAAUAAGGGCCUGCUCAAUAAGAUCGUAUCAUCGAUUUCGACGCCAGGCUCAAAUACAUCGUACAGAUCGGCGAAGACGCUGCCAAGGUUACAUCAGGUCCGUAACACGGAAGCCAUGACAGGUUCGUGUUGUGGGGACGAAAACUGUUACCCUGGGGCUGGCGAGGCAGGCAAGCUACAGAAGUCCUCAUCAAUCGACCAUGUUUUACCAGGUUUUAUUCAGUACUUCAUGUCUCUUGACGGAACUACCCGUCGCGGCCGAAGAGCUCACGAGAGCAAACUUCUUGACGAGUUAGCUUGUGAACAAGCUCGUAAUAUGGAGCAACACUACAACCACUAUGGCAUGACGGUGCCCUCCAGCGGUGACGAAGGCGGCGGAGGCCAAAGUGGUGGUGGCGGCCCUCCUAGUGGACGGAUCGUUCUGACAGAAAAUGUCAAUCUAAACUGUUGCUCCGGCAUGCCUGUGCCUGCACCAGUGCCAGCCCCGCGAACUUCACUCGCACGAAGAGACAUCCUCAGUGAAGACCCUUCGGAUCCGGUCUACGUUAACAAUGACCAGCCAACGGCCCCAACGACGCAGACGCAAUUUCGGCAACAAGCCCAGCAGCAGAUAUUGGCAGGUCAAGUCGUUAGUGCUACUAACGUCGCUGUUGGACAUACAGAUGUACAUCUGCAAACCAUGACAGAUGAACACCGUCGGCAUCAUCAACAAGGCCAGAUCCCACACCACCUGAGUGGUUUACUAUUGUCUUACCGGAAGCCGAUGAAGAUUCCGAUUGAUUUGUCUCCGUCACCUCCAUUGAUCGACCUCUCCGAGGCGAACUAUGAAGAAAUCGAUUCUCUCAUUGAAAAAUGCCCACGACUUAUCCUCGAUAAGCUGCAAUACCAAAAGGAAAAGAAUUCAAACGAUCUCCAUUCAAGCAACGAACAGCAAACGGAGACAAUCGAUGAAAAUGUCGACAUCCCGGAAGUUGCCGAAAUUCCGAGCUUUAGCGAUCACGGAUUAAUCACUAGGGAUCGGCUGGAACGAACUAUUGCGGAGGCGAUUAAAGAAACUUCAGACCAGAUCAUUCAGGAAAUUAGAGCAGAAAUCCGAGCUGUGGACGAAAACACUCUCGCAGCUGGAGAGCUAUCAACAGAAGAGGUGCCACGAAGUAUUAGUCCUUCAUUGGACGACUUCGAUCCACUCUGUGCCGACAAUUUAAGCGGACCGCCUUCACCAGAACGACAAAGAAGUUUUGCUCAAGCGAUGGCUGAUGUACUAAGCCAGGAGCAGUCGGACGCAGCAUACAACGACGUGAAGAGAUGCUUACAAGGUGUUUUUCAUAUUGAGCGUGAAAGUCUACAGCUUAUCGAAAUGUUUGGCUGUGGUAACUUUGGACAGGUGCACAAGGCCAUUUUGCGGCACGACGGACAAGAAAUUCCCUGUGCAACGAAAUCGCUCCGGGCAGAAUUCUCCGAGGCAUCCAUGGACGCUUUGAGUCAAGAAGCAGAUCUCUUGGCUUCGCUUGACCAUCCACACGUCGUAAGGCUCUUCGGUGUGUCCGAGAUUGACACAGGUUUAAUGAUGGUUAUGGAACUCGCGCCCCUCGGACCACUUAAUCGCUUUUUACGAUAUAACAGGGAUACGCCCGCUGUAGUUAUAUUAAAAUUGAUGUUGCAAGUUGGCCGAGCUAUGGAGUAUCUGGAACAGAGGAAUUUUGUACAUCGUGACCUUGCCGCGAGAAACGUUCUUCUUGUCAACACAGAAUUUGCCAAAAUUUCCGAUUUCGGCAUGAGUCGUACGCUCGGUAUCGGCCGUGAUUAUUACAAGGCCGAAACAGCCGGCAAGUGGCCCCUGAAAUGGUAUGCGCCAGAAUGUAUCUACUACUUCAAGUUCAGUACAAAAUCGGAUGUAUGGAGCUACGGGGUCACGCUCUGGGAGGCUCUAAGUUAUGGCGAACGACCCUACAAGAAUUUGGCUGGCCAAGACAUUUUGGUUAUGUUUGAGAGCAAUAAGCGAUUAGAAAUGCCGGACGAAUGUCCACCCGAAGUGUAUGACAUUAUGUGGAAAUGUUGGGCAUACAUGCCUGAAGACCGUCCGAGCUUCAGCGAAGUAUGUGAACUAAUGAAAGGAGCCAGCGAUGCGGGGGAAGCCGAAAGCCCACAUCCAUUAGAUCAGGGUGUGAUACCGACUCAGGGGUUCUUACCACCUCCGCCUGAUCUUGAAGAAGAUGUCGAACUCAACGAGUUGCUGCGGCUUGAAGAACAAUUGGCUAAUACUGUGCCCGCAAUCGACGCUGAUGUUCCCCCUGUGAGCGUUUCGGCAUCGACUACUAACGAAACAUGCUGAGCCAGGUACAGGAUAAGAGAUGGUUAAUCGAAUCGUUUUGUCUCAGCUGACCCAAGCCCACAAACACGACGCGGUGGGCAGAAGUACCCUUGUUGAUUGCCUAACCGUCUCACAGUUACGAGUAAAAUACGAAUUCAUCUGCUUACAGGUGUUCGUGGUAAUACAGCGGUCGCUCUCUUCAAUUUCAGGCUUCCGUGUAACUUAAAUGGUGUUUAAGUGUAAUCUACGCACUAGCUGAUGAUAAUGUAAUUUAUUAUUAAUUAAUAGUAAUUGUGACUAAUAGCAAAAAGUGAGGCGACCGACUUGUUGUUGACACCCAUAAAUGUCGUCGCUUAUAUACUACAAUUGCAUAAAAAUAACGCCAUAACCGAGUACGGUGUCGGUUCUAUAUAGCGACAAAAGCAAGCGGGGUUCAAGAAGCACAGUUCUGGGACUACUUAUUGAUAAUAGGUGGCAAAGGUUUAAUUUCAGUAUUAUACGCGUACGAACACGCUCACUCAUAGGCACACGCACAUAUGCAAAGUAACGUGUUAUACCGACACACGAACCAAACAAAAACACGAUACGAAAAGGUUAUUCACUCGUAGUUCGUUAAAAAGCGGCGGUUUUUCAAUAAAGUCUGCCAAAAAAGGUACACAAUUAAUAAAAGCACACCGGAGCCAAGCGAAAUGGAUGGCGGUAACGAAGACACCCUGUCUAAAUGCUGAGACAGAUUGGACAGCGGGAAACGUUCAGUAACAAUGACAAAAUAACGGUGUAUAUGCGUGCCGAAAUAAAAACUAUAUAUAAUCGCAUUUAUAGGAUAAUAUAAUAGCGCGACGUGUGCUGCUUAAUAUAGUGAAUGUAUGGUAGCGUUAACGUUGAAUGAAAGCGAACGACCGGUAGGGUAACUGUCUGUAUGUUUUU